AUGAAUCCAAACAAUCCCCCAUCUUCAAAUUCUCAAAACUCAAACCCUCAUUUUCCAUAUCCAUAUCCAAAUUCCUACUUUCCAAACACACAAAAUUUUAAUUUUAAUUCUCAAAUCCCGAAUUCUCAAUACCAAAUUCCAAAUUCUCAGAAUUCUCAAUUUCCAUUUCCGUAUCCUCAAAAUUCUCCUUAUCAAUUUCCAUUUUCCCAAUUUUUAAAUCCACAAUUUGAAACUCAACAAACACCUAUCAAUAUUCAAAAUUCUCCACAUUCACAAGUACCUCCAUUUGGUAACACAAAUAUUAUUGAUUUAAAUGAUGAUUGCGACGAAAUUGAAGAUGUACGAGAAGCGCUUGGUCAGUGGAAGUGGGUUGAAGAUAAACUCCUAAUAAGUGCAUGGUUGAAUGUGUCGAUUGAUCCACUUAUCGGUACUGAUCAAAAAGCCGAAGCAUUUUGGGACCGAAUUCAUCAAUAUUGUGAAGAAGAUAAUCCCGGCGUCAUCAAAAGAGGAGUUGUGGCUAUGAAGAAAAGGUGGUCCAGAAUAAAUGAAGGUGCUCAGAAAUUUGGUUCGUGUUAUGAUGAGGCUCAACGAGUAGUUGGGAGUGGUUCGAACUUGGAUGACGUUAUUGAGCAAGCUCAUGUACUUCAUUUAGCUAAGUACAAAAAGAAGUCUAACUUUGACAAUCACUGGCGUGAGCUUCGUAGACAACCCAAGUGGAGAACUCCUGUAAGCAGUGCAAGUUCUAAAAGAACUAAAUUAAGUGAUUCCGGACAUUACUCCUCGUCAGGAAAUAACGAUACACCAACAAAUGAGAAUAUUGCUGAAUCUCCGGUUCGUCCUAAAGGUACAAAAGCGACAAAAAGGAAAGGAAAAGGGAAGGCAAAAGUAGCAGAAGCAUUUGAAGAGUAUGAAGACAUACGGGUAAAUGCCUGUAGAAAAUUGGACCUGAUGCAGGCAUUAAACGAAACUCGUCAAAAAGAGCUUGAGGCAAAGCAAACAGAGCCAUCAACGUCUAGAGAAAGAUUUCGCAUGGGAAGACAUGUCUUUCUUCGUAUUGUGGAUGCUCUUUCAAAUUUUGAUCCAUACUUCCAACAAAGGAUCGAUGCAGUGGGAAGAAAAGGUUUAUCACCUUUACAAAAAUGUACUGCAGCAAUGCGUAUGUUGGCGUAUGGAAUAUCUGCUGAUGCUGUUGAUGACUACGUUCGUAUUGGGGAGACUACUGCGACAGAGUGCUUGAAAAAUUUCGCCUCUUCCGUAAUUACGAUAUUUGAAGGUGAGUACUUGCGAAAACCAAACUCUAAUGACGUACAACGUUUAUUACAUAUGGGUGAGGCUCGUGGGUUUCCUGGUAUGAUGGGCAGUAUUGACUGCAUGCACUGGCAAUGGAAGAAUUGUCCUAAAGCAUGGAAGGGCAUGUUCAUGAAUGGUCACAAAGGAGUCGCAACAAUUGUACUAGAAGCGGUUGCUUCAUCUGAUCUAUGGAUAUGGCACGCAUUUUUCGGAGUUGCUGGAUCAAAUAAUGACAUAAAUGUUUUAGAUCGAUCACCGGUCUUUGAUGAGGUGCUACAAGGUCGUGCUCCUGAGGUAAACUAUACUAUCAAUGGAAAUAAUUAUAAUAUGGGAUAUUACUUAACAGAUGGAAUAUAUCCUGAAUGGGCAACGUUUGUUAAAACCAUACCACGUCCACAAGGUGAGAAAAGAAAAUUAUUUUCAAAAUAUCAAGAAAGCCAACGAAAAGACGUCGAACGAGCAUUUGGUGUGUUACAGGCCCGUUUCGCAAUUGUACGUGGUCCAGCACGAUUUUGGGACAAGGCAGAUCUUGGGAGAAUAAUGAGAGCGUGCAUCAUAAUACAUAAUAUGAUUGUUGAAGACGAGAGGGACACAUAUGCAACUCAAUUUGGUCCAUUACCAACUUAUGAUGAUGCAAUAAAUGGCUUGUCGCAACCAAACUUAGGGGAAGAACCUUUUGUCCCGUAUGAAACGUAUAUUCAAAACAGUAUACGGAUGCGUGAUAAACGAACACAUCGUCAGCUACAAAAUGACUUGGUUGAGCAUAUCUCGCAGUUUCACAAUAAUCGUUAA